AUGGCUACAAAAAUCGAGGCCAUGUUUGGAGCCCUGAAGGUCUACGACACUGCCAAUUCAGGGAUAUGGAGCAACUAUAUGAGGCUAAGAGUCACUUUUCAGGUUACAAAGCCACUGAGAAGAGGAGUGUUGCUGGAAGUUGAUAAUCGGAAGCAAUGGUAUGAGGUGGCCUAUGAAAAGCUUCCAAACUUCUGUUAUAACUGCGGAAUGCUGGGACAUCUAAAAAAGGAUUACUUGGAAGAAUUAGUGCAAAAAGAUGAAAUUCAAUAUGGAAGCUGGAUGCGAGCUAUGUCUCUGAUCAAAAAGCACGAUAAGAAGAAUAGAUCGGAGGCAACAAAAGUGGAAAAUAUUUGGUCGGCGGAAAAACUGAAAGUCUCAGGCGAAAAUUCCGGGGAGCCGAAGAGCUCUGGCUCGAUUGAAGGGAUGACGCAUCUGGUUCCGAAGCCAGCAAAGAAAAAGUUAUUUGAUAUAAUUAAUGAGAUUUCUUUCUCCCAAAUGGUGGAGAGUAAAGACAAAGAAACGGGAGAGCAAGGAAGUCGGAACGACUUGUUGGAAAUAGAACAGAAUAAUGAUAAGAGGAAGGAUCCAAAAGAGCAGGAGGGAAUUAAAGAAAGUGGGUUAGAAGAGUACAAUAACGAAGCAUUCAAAGAACCUUUGGCCCAAGAAUUUGUGGGCCUAGAGUUACAAAGCUCUCAAUAUGAAGCAGAAGAAACAAAUAAAGAAAAUGGGCCAGGAGACAGAGACAAAAAAGCGUCCUGCCAAACGAGUCAGCAAAAAAUGGGUAAGAAAAAAGAACAGAGAAAGCAAAGCAGGGGAAUCGGUGGAAAUCGUUGA